UCCUACAGGAAUCCAGUUGAGCUCUGAUUGUCGGCGGAGUUACACGCUCAGUCGCAUGUAGCAGUUGUGGCUCCCAAGGAUAUAUUUAUAAACAAGAUUAUCUGUUGCCACAGGACCUGAAGAAGACAACAUUAUACACAGACUGACUCUACCAAAAUGAAGGACCUCGCAGGAGUCACGAACGUUUCCUAUGACAGUCAUGGGGACGACAUUGUUGGAAUCGAGAAAAUCCAGCCGAAGGACCCGAAGCAGCCCGGGGACAAAGGACACGUCAAGGGAUCCCCGCCGGAGGAAGUCCUCGCGACGAAAGUCCUAUCGGACGAUGAGAAGGAGGAGGGAAGAAGAAUCAUGAGGAACAUCCUCAUCAUUUCCUUCGCCUUUUUCUUCCUCUUCACCAGCUACAACGGAAUGACCAACCUCCAGUCGUCUCUUAACAAAGCGAGUGGCACAGCCUCUCUCACAGCGCUGUACAUAGCAUUCAUCAUCUCCAGCUGCUUCACGCCAUCUUGGGUUCUGAAGGUUUUGCAGGAAAAGAAGGCUUUGAUCAUAUCGAUGCUGAUGUACUCGGUGUACAUGAUGGCCCAGUUCUAUCCUACCAUCUACACGCUUCUGCCUACAGCCAUCGUCCUGGGAGUAGCUGCAGCGCCGCUUUGGUCAGCUAAAUGCACUUAUCUGUCGAAGGUAAGCGAUCUGUACGGCGAAAUCCACGGGGAGAAGAGCUACAUCGUCUACAGUCGAUUCUUCGGAAUUUUCUUUCUAGUCUUCCAGUCUACUCAAAUCGUUGGAAACCUCAUCUCGUCCUUAGUUCUGUCGGUCGGCGUCGAGACUGAAAACGAACUCAUAGACGAAGAAGCCAUCGCGAAGUGUGGAUUCUAUUUCUGCAUCGCCGAAACUUCCUCCGAAGCGAAUUAUUCCAACGUCACGGGUGAGGUACUCGAAACGGGGCCUCCCCUGUGGCAGAUCUACACUAUGGCUGGCAUCUACCUCGCUUGCGCUCUGACCUCCGCUCUGGUCAUUGCUAUUUUCCUGGAUCCUCUGAGCAGAUUCACAAACGACAAAGGCGACGAAUCAGAAAGCUCCUUGAAGCUUCUCGUUGCCACCUUCAACCACAUGAGACACCCCUAUCAGCUGCUCAUCAUCCCCCUCACCAUCUGGUCCGGUAUAGAGCAGGCCUUCUUGAGCGCUGAUUUCACUGCAGCCUAUGUAUCCUGCGCCAUAGGCGUCCACAUGGUCGGCUACAUCAUGAUAUGCUACGGAGUGUGCGACGCGAUUUGUUCUUAUGGCUUCAGUUACUUUGUGAAGAAGUGGGGAAGAAUUCCUGUGUUCACCCUGGCUUUCCUCAUCAACCUCGCCAUCAUGAUCGCGCUCAUGUACUGGAAGCCUCAUCCCGAUGACGUCAUCUGGUUCUUCGUUAUUGCAGGUCUCUGGGGUGUUGCAGAUGCAGUCUGGCAGACGCAGAUCAACAGUCUAUAUGGCGUCAUCUUCCCUGGGGAGUCAGCCGCAGGUUUCAGCAACUACCGCCUGUGGGAAUCAUUAGGUUUCUUCAUAGCCUACGUCUGCAGCACCGUUCUCUGCAUCAACGAGAAAAUCACCAUCCUCUUCGUCCUCCUCAUCCCAGGAAUGACGUUCUAUUACGUCAUCGAGAUCCUGGAGAAGAGAGGUACUCUCAGACGUAACGAAAAUGAAAAAAUACCGCCAAUUGAUAAACUUUUCCUGGGAAGUACUAUUUAGAAGCCGACAGGGCAACUCAGCUCUUAAUAUGUCAUCUGCGGCAGGUUCACAAGGAAGAGGUGAUGGAGGUUUGCCUCUCAAAACGUGGAGGGUUUAGGAAAAUCCUUGGAGGGAGAAUUCCGGAGCCUGGUGGUAAGGCGAAGAUAACUGUCAGUUGGCAUAGAUUUUUGGUGAUAAUAUAGAAGAUAAAAUGUACUGUACUAUAGUAGAUUCACAUCAACCGUGUAUCUGAUGUCUAGGCCAGUCAUUUACGACGCUCCUGAUUGGCUGUUGAUAAGCCAAUGACAGGGCCGGAAACUCUCAGUCUCUUGAGAGAGUUCACAUGGGCAGGAUGUAUGUUCAACCUCUCCAGAGGGAUACGUCUUUCAAAAGUAUCCCUCAGGAGAGUGGAACAUGCAUCCUGCCUAUGUGAACUCUCUCGAGAAACUGAGAGUUUCCAGCCCUGUGAGUGGCUUAUCAACAGCCAAUCAGGAGCGUCGUAAGGGCCUGACCUAGACGUCAGAUGCACGGUUGAUGUGAAGCUACUAUACCAGUAGUGUGCUUCGAAUUAUUUUCCCAUUUUAUUUUAAAAAUGGCAAAUUCAAAUGAUUAAGUUUGCAGUGUUUUCAUUACUUUUAUGUGACACUGCAAAUGUACCAAACAGUUAGUUUUAAGGAUCCAUUACUGGCGUAUUCAGUAAUGUUGAUGACAGGUAUGGACACCAUACGAUUGUAAAAUAGUACCUCUUGAUGUAUAUUUGUAAAUAUGAAUAUAACUUUCAGAGAUUUGUAUAACCUUCAGACAUGCCAGUUGUGAUAUGUAUUUAUCCUUACGUUAUUUCUUAGUUGGUAGAAUUAAAGAUUUAUUUACUUGUUAAUUCUUGCGCGACUCUAUCGUUUUUAUCAUGUUAAUUGUACAAAGUUUAUUACAGAAACACUUUCAUUUAUAAAGUGUUGUAUUUUGUUGUUUGAAUUUGUUGACUGUUUUUCUAUAGUUCGGAGUGAAGGUGAUUUGGUCCCUAAUGUGAAACACAUCUUUUGUAUAGUCUGCUUUUGUCGAUAAAAAUAUGUUAAAUUAA